AUGGAUGAUGAUAAAUUUUUACCAAAAUUAUCACAAAAUUUACUUGAAAUUUUAGAUGAUGGAGAAUUUUAUGAUAUUACAAUUGAAGUUGGUAGUGACCCUUACGUAAAAAUAUUCCGUGCACAUAUGAAUAUAUUAAAUUAUCGUUCUUCUCAUUUACGAAAUAUUUUAUCAACUAAUAAAAAUAAAAGUGAUGAUGGAACUUUAACACAUAUUAAAUUACCAAAUAUUUUACCUGAAAUUUUUCAAAUAGUAUUAAGAUAUAUUUAUGGAGGGAGAUUAUCUUUUGAAGGGUAUGAUGUAGCAGAUAUCAUCAAAACUUUAGUUGCCGCUAGCGAACUUGAUCUUCAAGAAUUAGUUAAUCAUUUACAAUCUUUUUUGAUCAAUAAGCACGCAACUUGGGUGGAAAAAAAUUUUAACAUUAUUUAUCAAACAAGUUUUGAAAAUGAUUCUUUGUUGGGUCUUCAAAAUUAUUGUAAUGAUCUUAUAUCCAAGAAUCCAGAUAAAAUAUUUAAUUCACUUAAUUUUUCUUCAAUUCCAGAAAAAGUUUUAAUCUUACUUAUUCAAAAUGAUAACCUUAAAAUGAGUGAAGUUCAAGUUUGGAAAUAUGUUCUUAAAUGGGGACUCGAUCAAAAUCCGGGAUUACCUUCUGAACCUGAAAGUUUUUCUGUAGAUGAUUUUAGUAUAUUAAAAAAUACCUUACAACAAUGUAUCCCUUUAAUUAAGUUUGAUAAUUUUAGUUCAAAAGAAUUUUUAGAAAAUGUAUUUCCUUAUAGAGAAAUUCUACCUGAGAAAUUAUUUAUAGAAUUGUUAAAACUUUUUUUGGAUCAUGAUCGUAAACCAGUUGAUCAACCAGAACCAGAGGAGACUAAAGAACCGGAGGAGACUAAAGAGAUUAAACCUAAAGCUAAAACACAUGAAAAGAUUCAAACUGAGUCGAUAAAUGCUGGAAAUAUUCCGACCAUUAACCCAACUAUUCCGAUCGUUAACCCAACUACCCGACGGAUGUCUAAUGAAACCAGGCCAAAAAAUACUAACAGGAUUGAUUCAAGAAUUAUCACAUUAGAACAUGCUAAAUUAAUCUCAGAAUGGAUUAAUAGAUUGAAUGUUAUUGCUUCAUAUGAAUUCAGAUUAAUUUUCCGUGGAUCUAUUAAUGGAUUUACUGAUAGGGACUUCCGUGCAGUCUGUGAAAAUCAAUCUCGUACUGUAACUGUUAUUAAAGUAGAGGAUAGUAGCGAAAUUCUUGGAGGAUAUAAUCCGAUUGAAUGGAAAUUUGGUAGUAGCUAUGACACCACCUUCGAUAGUUUUAUAUUCUCUUUUGAUAAAAAUAAAAGUAUCGAGAAUCAUGUUUUGAGUCGUGUAUGGAAAAGAAAAUUUGCCAUAUCUAAUCACACUCAACGCGGCCCAUCAUUUGGAGAGAGUGAUCUUAUUUUGCGUGGAGGUUAUGGUUUUAAUAAUAGUUUUUGUAAGCAAUCAUCCUAUGAUAAACCGAUCAGAACAAGUAUUGAUAAAUUUUCUGUAGAAGAAUAUGAAGUAUUUCAAAUUAUAUAA